AUCCAAAUCACAAAAUCUCAUGAAUAAAAUCAACCUUACAAAAGGAUGAUAAAAUCUAAAACUUAUACCCCAAUUGAAUGGCUAGCCUUCUAAUUCGUCACUCCCCUCGGUUUCCUCGUCCUCGGUUACGCUUCCUGAAAUGGUGGACAAGGAAAACUAUGAGAUAACUCAGUAAGUAAAUAUGGAUAGCCCUUGGGUAAAAACUUUUAAGCAUGCCAGAUAAACAGUUUAAUAUAACCAAAACGCUCAGUGACAAAAUCAGAUUCAGUUCAAUUGCAAAGCAUUCAUGACAAACCGUUCAUGCAGAAUAAAACUCAGUUCAGUAGUCUCAUCCAUAAGUCAUGGCCAGUGUUUAACACACUCCCACUGGCAGGCAUCAAUAAUGGUACCAGUGUUUACAAACUCCCACUAGUAGGCGUCAGUAAUAGUGCCAGUGUUUACAACUCCCACUGGCAGGCGUCAGUAAUAGUGCCAGUGUUUACAACUCCCACUGGCAGGCGUCAGUAAUAGUGCCAGUGUUUACAGCUCCCACUGGCAGGCGUCAGUAAUAGUGCCAGUGUUUAACCCCAUAGGCAGGGUGAACCGGUUCCACAGAAAUACAUGUCGACAUGUGCUAGCGUUUACAGCUCCCACUAGCAAGCGUCAGUAAUCAUGACUAUAUCCGAGACAAAUCCAUGCAAGAUUUACAGAAAAACCCGAAUUUCACAAUCAAUCCCGAAUUUCAGAACAAACCAGAAAAUUUCCA